UCACUCAUUGUAUUUGUUGCUUAAAGCUUGCCCUCUUCCCUUAUCCUCUCUCUCUUUGCAGAGAGAAAAGCAAAGAAACAACACAGCUGCCAGCUCCCAUCAGAAGGGAAUUCCAAGCUAAACAACAUAUUGCAAGAAAGAGAAAUGGAAAGAGAAAGAGAGACCCACUAGGCCACCAAAGUCACUGAAUUGAGGGUCACCUACAGAUGUACUAGGAGAGGGGGAAAAAAAGGAAAAACAAAACAAAGAAAAGGGAAAAAAAAAAAAAGGGGGGGAGCGGGGAGGGGGCUGGGGAAGAGAAAAACAUAUAAUUCCACACAUGAUCAUGGAUGGUGAGAAUGGGAUCCGCAGGCCAAACUUUCCUCUACAGCUCCUAGAAAAGACGGAACACCAACAAGAACCGCCUUGUUCCAGCUCCGGUAACGCGGAGCCUAGCUCCAAAACAGCAUCCGUAGCACCCAAGAAGCCUCCCCCUAAGAGGACUUCAACCAAGGACAGGCACACCAAGGUGGAAGGGCGUGGCCGCCGCAUCCGCAUGCCUGCAACUUGCGCUGCUAGGGUUUUCCAGUUGACAAGAGAGCUUGGUCACAAAUCAGAUGGUGAAACCAUCGAGUGGCUGCUUCAACAAGCCGAGCCCGCGGUCAUUGCUGCAACGGGGACAGGUACUAUUCCUGCAAACUUUACGUCCCUCAAUAUUUCACUCAGGAGUUCGGGUUCCAGCAUGUCGGCUUCUCACUUGAGAAACACUUACUUCAACCCAAAUUUUCCUACGCAACAAUUGAGGAUGAGAAGCGAGUGGGAGAGGAACGUGCUUGACGACUCACCAGCUCAGCAACAACAUAGGAGGAUUUUAUUUCCGGGUGUUGCUUUAUCAUCAGACGAUUCAUUAAACUUUCCUAGUAGUAGUAGUACGAACGCUUUCUUGCAAGCUAAGCAAGAGUUGCGGGACACUAGCGUGAAUGUGGCGGAGGAGGCGGAUACUAGUAUGGGGAAGAAGAGAAGGCCUGAUCAGCAUCAAGACUUGUCACAGAAUCAGGUGGGGAGUUACUUGUUACAAUCGACUACAGGUUCAAUUCCGGCCAGUCAUAAUCCGAAUCCGGCAACAUUUUGGAUGGUGACCAAUCCUAGCAACCAAGUCAUCAGCGGGAGUGGCGCUGGGGAUCCCAUGUGGACAUUUCCUUCAGCUAGUAAUACUAACAUGUAUAGGGGCACUAUGUCUAGCGGGGUGCAUUUCAUGAAUUUCGCUACUCCAAUGGCUCUCCUGCCUGGACAACAAUUUGGUUCAGGAAUUGGUGCCGGCGGUUCAGUUACCGACAGUCAUUUAGGCGUGCUCGCGGCACUGAACGCAUAUAGGCCGAUUCCAGGCAGCAACGUUUCUGACUCUCCGGCCCGCGGAUCACAUCAACACCAUGGUGGAGGAGAUAGGCACGAUUAAACAAGCUAGUCCCGUCCGCCAUGCCCUUGGAGCAAAAAUUUUACAAGUGUAUGGCUUGAUCAUGCUUUAAUUCUUUUUCCACUUAUUUUUAGUAGUACAUAUAUUUCCAAUUUGCAACACAGGCAGCAAAGUUUGAAUGCUAUUGAAGUUGAGUGUGAUAUAUUCGAUUU